ACAAACAACGCCUACAAACACGAAACCCAUUCAGUAAAAUACAGUACUGCUGUGUGCCCUCAAUCACAAAAAGGUUUGAAAUGAACAAUAGAAACAAUGCGGAUAUCAUUUCCACCACGGCACAUAAUAUGAAAUUCAGAUCAAUUAAAUUGUCUACUAGAGGGGGAUGCUGUAAUCAUGACAGGCCGUCACUAAUCUGGAAUUAUACGCAUUAUUAAUUCCAGAAUAACCGAUUCUUAAUCAUCCUGGAGUGGAAAUUAACCAGAAGUGUUACGUAACUUUAUAUUUUUUCUACGAAAAGUGAGAAUACCGCUUCAUUCUAGUUGCGAUUCCCGCCGAUUCAUAUUACUAUAAUAAUAGCGCAAAAAAUAGGUUGCAACGGGGGCUACCCAAAAAGAGUGAGGCUUCAACGCAGAAAAAUAGCAUAAUGCACUGAUUCGGAAGGUGAAAAUAUUCAAGAAUAAGCCGGGAAUUGAUUUAGGUGUUCAACCCAUCUGUCUUUCUCAAUACUUCGGGAUUUUUAUAAGGAGGAAAUUCUAAUUCCACAAUAGGAGUAAUCAGAUUACUGACAACGAACGUACAUGCUUCAAAGUGACAGAUCUGGAUACAACUAAGGCAAAAACCAAGCCAGUAUUCGCAUUAUGUAUUUAUGGUAAACUGGGCUCACCACCUUUUAUCAUUCGAGUUGAUUGAAACCAAGAACGGAACACCAAAAACAUACCGUUUAGAGGCUGUGCGUGACAGUCAGCGGUUACUUUGUCACCAUGGCAACCGAGGGCAUCGCAACACUGCGUGACGAUGAGCCCGUGAUAUUGAACGGUCAGCUUUGCAAAGAGAAUCCUGAAAUCCCUAAAGUUGUUGUUGAGAGUGCAGAUAACUCGAGUUCGUUCGCAAGCUCCGUGCUAAAGGUGUUGUCUAUGCAGCGCUUUUACUCCAAUUCCGGGAGGAUGCCACGUGACACGUGGCUCGAGAAGUACACAUAUCGCAGAGCGACUGACGAUUGGGACUGGCGUCGACCCCUAAUGCGCAUGACCCCAUCACCAACCUCCCAGCCCCCCAGUCCGGCCUUGGAGAAGCUCGGGUCAGCUCAAAACGCACCUGACAUUGAAGCAGAACCCGCUGACCUGCCGCGCUCUCGAUGCAUCCCGCUUGUUCUGGAUCCUUCUGGAACUUUCUAUUUCCUGUGGCUGCUGACUGUGUCUUUAGGGGUGAUUUACAACUACUGGGCGCUCAUCGUGUACGUAGCGUUUCCAUCAGUGCACAAGGCGAACCUGAAGACGUGCAUCGCAGUUGAUUAUACGUUCGACUCCAUCUUCUUCCUGGACACCCUUGUCCAGUUCAGGGUAGGCUUCCUGGAGCAUGGUGUCAUGGUAGUAGGAUGCUGGAAGUUGACCAAAAAAUACGGCUGCUCGUUUGGGUUUAUGCUGGACUUGAUCUCAAUUCUGCCGUUUGAUGUGCUCUAUCUGUACCUUGGGGUCCUACCAAUUCUCAGGUUUAACCGGCUGUUUAAGGCUCACCGGUUUCUUUUAUUCUGCGACCGCGGUGAGAUUUACAGCGGUCGCCCGAAGUUGUUCAACCUCGCGAAGCUGAUCCACUACCUAUUUCUGAUCAUCCACUGGGUAGCCUGUGUCUACUUCAUCCUCUCGCGCUACGAGGGGUUUGGGACCGACGAAUGGUUGCAUCCCCGGCUUGAUGGACAACUGUCCAAACUCAGCAUGCAAUACCUUUAUAGCCUCUACCGGUCCAGUGUGAGUAUGACUACAGUAGGAGCCGGUGUGAUUGGCACCAUAGCCACGCCACGCACUGAGCUUACACUGUGUUUUGUGAUCGUCACCUAUCUGACUGGGGUGCUGAUUUUCGCUACUAUCGUGGGUAAUGCUGGAGACAUGAUUGUCGAAAUGAGGCGGUCCAGGGAACGUUACCUCAGAAAGUUGAAUGGGAUGAAGGAGUACAUCGAGGCGUAUCAACUUCCUGCUCAUCUCAAGAAACGCGUCAUCCACUGGUUCGACUACCUCUGGCGACACAAACGAGACAUGAACGAACAAGAGCUCUUUCACAAGCUUAACGACAACUUCAAAGCAGAGAUCGCUAUUCACGUCAACCUAGAUACACUCAUCCGCGUAGAGAUGUUCCACGACUGCGAUCCCGGGUUUUUGCACGAGCUGGUACUGAAGCUCCGACCGGUGAUUUGCUCGCCCGGGGAUUUCAUCUGCCGACAGGGUGAGAAAGGCCGGGAGAUGUAUAUUGUAAACAAAGGCUCCUUAGAGGUUUUGGAUGAAAAGGAGACGGUGCUCGCUACACUGUCAGCCGGAAGCCACUUUGGAGAGAUAAGUUUAUUGAAUAUGAAGGGGAUUGGAAACUUGAGGACAGCGUCUGUGAGAUCUGUAGGCUUCUCAGACUUGUUCCAGCUUUCAAAGACGGAUCUAGAGGAAGUGCUUGAGUUUUAUCCUCAAGCCAAGGAACAGAUGGAGCGGAUCGCUACACAGACGUACGAGAAACAGCAGCGUGAGAGAAUGGGGCAGUCCAAAAGCAAGGAGGACGACGCGGACGAAACAUUCCUGAGAGAAAGCGAUCCACGCAAAUGGCUGGCCGCAGACACGAAAACACUGCGUAGACGCCUAUCAUCAAUCGAAUCGAUAAACACUCUAAAAAAGUUCGCAGCAAGAGUACGACGAGAAAGGGAAUUAGGAGGACCGCAGGUCGAGGGCCCGCGUGACGUCCUACGGAGAUUCGCUCAAAAAGCGCGCGAAAAAAGAAGCGACGAGGAAUCGCGGAAAAUAGUCAACGAUUUUGUAGAGACGAUACGAGAGCGCGAAGCUAAAGAGUUGGAAGAGAGUUUUAAAUCGGGAGGGACAUCUUCAGAGAGUCUGUUCUCUUUGCAGAUGAAGUCGAGGAUACUGAAAAACAGGUUCUCCUACAGUGGAUCAGAACGAGAGACAGAUACUUCUCACACGCGCCCGCGAUCACUUUCCCUCGCUCACCCGCGGGAUAGCUCGGGAUCGACACCCGCGCUCGAGACUCUUGCCGUUCCACCUAAGCCAACGCUUGCAAAGCUUGCAUCGUAUGACGUGAACAGGGAUGUCAAAGUCAAACCACGCGUAUAUGCUUUAAAGGUGUUUGGAAAAGCUAAGUUAAGAGACGAAAGACCUUUGGAGCCUUCAAAGCCAACGAGAGCGCAGAGGCCUACGGUGCUUCCCUUGCCAAAUACAAGCCUGAAUUAUAGAUUGGCGGACAGUGUGGCAGCAAAGUUGUGUGAGGAGAAUCAACGUUUAAAGAUGGAGCGGAAGAGAAAGUGGUUUGAGGCAGCGACUAAAGUGAACGAGGAAGGACGGAAGAUGGGCAGAGAUGGAAGAGAAUGCGGUCAUAAUUGGCCAGCUAUUGCAAUAGUCAAUAAAUCAGCAGUUUGUGCGGAGGGGAUAGAGGAAGAAAAGCGGAAAAAGAAAGAAAAAGAGAUCGGUACAGUAGAGCAAACUGACAGUUAUAAGUUACAAGUUAUAAGUCAUGAAGGAGAAAAAGAUGGAGUCGCUGAAAGAGAAAAGGACGAUGCAAGCAAAAUAAAGAGCAAAGAAGUACAAGUAGAAUCAGGAAACAGAAAAAAUUCAGAUCAACAAAAUGGAAAACAAACAAAAGAAAAUAUUCACAAAAAGAAUAACCCAGUAGAAGAAAGCUACCCAGGUAAACCUCGAGUUAAUAACAAUGACUACAAUAAUACCACUACAGAACAAUCAGUAAAAACAAAACAGACCAAACAACAAGAAACAGAGGGAAGACGAGAGAGUAAGAAAAAUAGCAGUGGCAAACAGAAGAAUGUGCCGACAGCCUUAGCAGAAAGUAUGCAUUGUUCCUGCUCACUUCCACUGAAAACACAGGUGUCAGACCAGGCAUCCAAGGGCCGGGAAAUUCCUGGAAAAGAGAAGGAAGAACAAGAGACCAAAGAGACUGAACUGGCCAAUGACCCACAGGAUAAGGACGUUCCUGUUGCUGUAAAAGAUGAACAGACAGAUACAUGCUGCUAAUAACAAACCCUAAUAACACUAGCACAUGAUAUUUAUACACUUGUUUAAGUACAGUAAGGCUGCAUUAGAAUCUAUGUGGUGUAGAGAUUGCACUAGAAUCCAUAGGAUGUAGAGGCUGCACUAGAAUCCAUGUGUUGUAGAGGCUACACUAUAAUCCAUGUGUUGUACAGGCUGCACUAGAAUCCAUGUGUUGUAGAGGCUGUACUAGAAUCCAUGUGUUGUAGAGGCUGCACUAGAAUCCUUUUGUUGCCGUAGAGAUUGCACUAGAAUCCAUGUGAUGUAGAGGCUGCACUAGAAUCCAUGUGUUGUAGAGGCUGCACUAGAAUCCAUGUGUUGUAGAGGCUGCACUAGAAUCCAUGUGUUGUAGAGGCUGCACUAGAAUCCAUGUGAUGUAGAGGCUACACUAGAAUCCAUGUGAUGUACAGGCUGCACUAGAAUCCAUGUGAUGUAGAGGCUGCACUAGAAUCCAUGUGUUGUAGAGGCUGUACUAGAAUCCAUGUGUUGUAGAGGCUGUACUAGAAUCCAUGUGAUGUAGAGGCUGCACUAGAAUCCAUGUGUUGUAGAGGCUGCACUAGAAUCCUUUUGUUGCCGUAGAGAUUGCAAUAGAAUCCAUGUGAUGUAGAGAUUGCACUAGAAUCCAUGUGUUGUAGAGGCUGCACUAGAAUCCAUGUGUUGUAGAGGCUGCACUAGAAUACAUGUGUUGUAGAGGCUGUACUAGAAUCCAUGUGUUGUAGGAGCUGUACUAGAAUCCAUGUGAUGUAGAGGCUGCACUAGAAUCCAUGUGUUGUAGAGGCUGCACUAGAAUCCAUGUGUUGUAGAGGCUGCACUAGAAUCCUUUUGUUGCCAUAGAAAUUGCAAUAGAAUCCAUGUGUUGUAGAGAUUGCACUAGAAUCAAUGUGAUGUAGAGAUUGCACUAGAAUCCAUGUGAUGUAGAGGCUGCACUAGAGUCCAUGUGAUGUACAGGCUGCACUAGAAUCCAUGUGAUUUACAGGCUGCACUAGAAUCCAUGUGUUGUAGAGGCUACACUAUAAUCCAUGUGUUGUAGAGUCUGCACUAGAAUCCAUGUGUUGUAGAGGCUGCACUAGAAUCCAUGUGUUGUCGAGAUUGCAUUAGAAUCCAUGUGUUGUAGUGUCUGCACUAGAAUCCAUGUGUUGUAGAGAUUGCACUAGAAUCCAUGUGAUGUAGAGGCUGCACUAGAAUCCAUGUGAUGUACAGGCUGCACUAGAAUCCAUAUGAUGUAGAGAUUGCACUAGAAUGUGUUGUGGACAUGUGGGGGGGGGAGGGCAUUCUGUGCCAAACUAAUAGAGACACCAGCCUUUAGGGAUACUUUAGCACCACUGAUAGCUGAUAACUUCUAGCAUCACUGAUAGCUGAUAACUUCUAGCAUCAUUGAUAGCUGAUAACUUCUAGCAUCACUGAUAGCUGAUAACUUCUAGCAUCACUGAUAGCUGAUAACUUCUAGCAUCACUGAUAGCUGAUAACUUCUAGCAUCACUGAUAGCUGAUAACUUCUAGCAUCACUGAUAGCUGAUAACUUCUAGCAUCACUGAUAGCUGAUAACUUCUAGCAUCACUGAUAGCUGAUAACUUCUAGCAUCACUGAUAGCUGAUAACUUCUAGCAUCACUGAUAGCUGAUAACUUCUAGCAUCACUGAUAGCUGAUAACUUCUAGCAUCACUGAUAGCUGAUAACUUCUAGCACCACUGAUAGCUGAUAACUUCUAGCAUCACUGAUAGCUGAUAACUUCUAGCAUCACUGAUAGCUGAUAACUUCUAGCACCACUGAUAGCUGAUAACUUCUAGCAUCACUGAUAGCUGAUAACUUCUAGCAUCACUGAUAGCUGAUAACUUCUAGCAUCACUGAUAGCUGAUAAUUUCUAGCAUCACUGAUAGCUGAUAACUUCUAGCAUCACUGAUAGCUGAUAACUUCUAGCAUCACUGAUAGCUGAUAACUUCUAGCAUAACUGAUAGCUGAUAACUUCUAGCAUCACUGAUAGCUGAUAACUUCUAGCAUCACUGAUAGCUGAUAACUUCUAGCAUCACUGAUAGCUGAUAACUUCUAGCAUCACUGAUAGCUGAUAACUUCUAGCAUCACUGAUAGCUGAUAACUUCUAGCAUCACUGAUAGCUGAUAACUUCUAAAGAUAAAAUGGUUUUCAAAGACAGGGAUUCUGUUAUUCGUGUUAUCCUUUAUAUGGGUUCUUAGAGUAUUUCUAAUAUUGACAAUUAUUAUUUUGCUUCAAGUAAAGUUGCACAAAAUUGACUUUUAUCUGAAGACCAUUUUAGCAUGAUGCUAGAGAAAGUCUUAAAGUUAAAACUUCAAAAACAAUUGGCUUCAGCAUAUUUGCAGGUAAAUCUUUAUUUUAAAAGGACUUUUGGCUUGCCCUAUGUAACAUGGCUGUUUUGAUUUUAUUACUAUAUAUUGAAAUAUCUUACUGUAUCAUCUAUCAUCAUAAAAAAACAAUUCUAACUUCUAAGCAACAGAACUGAGCCAGUUUGUUGUAAAUUGGAUGUUGUAGAUGUCACUAAUGUUUUGUUGCAGCACUAAAAGCUUUGUAACAGUUUGUCUCACAAGUCUGAUACAGAAUAGGAUAAUGGUGGAUUAAAAAGUCAGUGCAAAAGAUAAUAUAAAAAGUAAGGAAGGGCA